CUCUCAUCAAUAUGUAAAUAUUUUUUAGAACAAGUAAAAGGAAGGAAAGAAUUCCUGCGGAGGGGAAAGUGAGAGAUAAGAUAGCAAAAUCAAAUCAAGAGUGCUAAAAUAGGGGCUUCUAAGACUUUCAAGAAAUAACGACGACGUUUCAAAAUUCCUCAGACUUGAAAUCUGAAGAUUUCAGGAUUGAUUCAAUAGAAUUCCAUUCUAUCAUUAUGAAGAAAAGAGAUACUUGUCUCCUUUUGAGUAUCAUCUUCCUGACUCUGAUUGGAGCUCAAGGAAUCAUAAUGAUGCGAAAUAGACGCUGUUCCUGCAUUGACACCAGCAAAAAUACUGUCAACCCCAGAUCCUUAAAGGACCUUAAACAAUUUCCCCCAACUAAUUUUUGUGCGAAAAGAGAAGUCAUUGCUGUGUUGAAGAAUGGAAAAGAAACAUGUCUAAACCCAGACUCAGAAAAAGUGAAGAAGUUGAUUAAAGAGUGGGAAAAAAAGGUCAACCAAAAGAAAAAGCAAAAGAAGGGGGAAAAAAAUAAAAAAAACAGGAAAGGUUUAAAACCUAAAACAUCUCAACUUCCUCAUCAAAAGAAGACUACCUAACUACUUUACCAGCAAGUACUUUGUAUUAGAAAAGCUUCUUUUUCAGUUACAUUGAAACAAUUCCCAAAGGGCAUAGAUGACAUCUUAAUACACAAGUUUAUUGUUUUGAUUAGAAAAAAUGUAAAACAAGACUAUUAAGAAUUUGUAAUUAAAACUAGAAAGUAGUUUUUAAAAUCUAAAUGUGAAUUACUAGAAACCA